AAAAAAAACAGUUCAAUACAAUGGCUGAUUAUUUUGGAUUCAACGAAAUAAAAGCAUUAGAAAAAUUAAUAAUACCAGAAAAAGAUGAUACAGAUUCAGAUGAUGAUGAUCUUCCACAAGCUGGUGCAAAAAAAUUUGGUCCUGGACAAAUUGGUCCAAUAAAAAAUUCUAAUCAAAUUGGACCUCAUGCAUCGAUUGAUAAUACUGAUAGUGAUGAUAUUUGGAACAAUAGUGAGAUAAAAAGUUCACAAACAGUUGAACUUUCUGAUCCAAGAAUACAACCUGAAUAUGAAAUGAAGUUUAAACAGUCUGUUACAACUGAAGAUGUUUUUCUUGGUAUGGGUUUUAAAACACCUGGAUCAGCAUCUUGUGAAUGGCUUACUUUGAAAGUUAAAUUACCAGGAGAAGAUAUUGAUGACAUUGAACUCUCAGUUGAAACAGAAACAAUUGAUAUUCGAAGUAAAAGAUAUCGUCUUCAUUUACCAACACCUCAUCCAGUUGAUCCAAAUGCAUCAUCAGCAAAAUGGCACAAAGAUUUAUCAUGUCUUGAAAUUAAUUUACGAAUGACAAGAGAAUUAGAUAAAGUAAAUUUUUAA